AUGUCCGGCGUCAAGUUCUACCCGAAUGCCUCACCGAACGACCUCCAAACCCAGUAUGUUGGCCGCUUCCUCCAAGAUAUUGACGGGCCCGCUGCCAUCAUUGACGUCGCCGUCGCCCGCCAGAACUGCCAGAUCAUGCUAGAUGCCGCAGACAAGCUUGGCGUGCUUUUCCGUUCUCAUGUGAAGACACACAAGACAACCGAACUUACUCGCUUACAAGUCGGUGACAAAGCUGAUAUUGUGAUCUACGGUCUGCCAGUCCAGCCGUCAAGCUUCCCGCGCUUGGCUGGGCUUGGUACAUCAUUGGGCGAAUGGAGUAUCACAGUCUUGGUGGAUUCUCUGUAUAUCCUCCCGUUUCUCUCCCGAUACCGGGAACUCACCGGAUAUGCCCUCGGAGUUUUUGUUAAAUUGGACACCGGAUACAGCCGUGCCGGAGUUUCACCAGAUUCUCCCCAAUUUAGGGAAUUACUGGAAGCCAUAUACAAAAUGGAAAAGGAGGAGCCCACCACGAUUAAUUUACGUGGGUUUUAUAGCCACAUGGGUCACAGUUAUAGUUCGGAUACCACGUCAGAAGCAUUGGACUAUCUGACGAUGGAAAUCGAGCGUUGCGAGACUGCUGCCGUCCAGGCGUCAGACCUAUGGAAAGGCUCGGGGAGACGCUUCAUUAUCGCGGUAGGAGCAACUCCAACAACUACCUCAGCUCAAAAUCUGGCUUGCCUUGAAGUCAUGUCGUCGGCUGAAAAAAAGGUUAAAGAGCUGAUCCAAAGGGUCCAACAAACGUAUGACAUUGAACUCCAUGCAGGCGCAUACGUCACUUUGGAUUUGCAGCAGCUGGCUGCACACGCACGCCCAGCACAAAACCAUCUUUCAUUCGACAAUAUUGCUUUGACCGUGAUUGCAGAGGUUGCCAGUCUUUAUCCCCACCGCGAGAAGCCGGAGGCUCUCAUAGCAUGUGGCUCACUUUGCAUGGGCCGCGAGCCAUGCAGGAGCUAUCCCGGAUGGGGAGUCAUGACUCCAUGGCUGCACAACCGGGGCAAGGAGGGAUCACAGGAAAAAGUUGGGUGGUAUGACCCAGAAGGAGACAGAACAGGGUGGAUGAUCGAUCGUCUGAGCCAGGAACACGGUAUUCUGCGGUGGCAGGGCCCCCUUGACAAGAUGCGAAAACUGGAAGUCGGAGAGAAAAAUCAUUGA